AUUGUGCGUUCAGUGAUUGUAAAGUGGUGGUAUAUCGUGCUUAGGAUUUGAAGAACGCUCAGUUUUGAUUUCGAGUGGGGAUUAACCACAGAUUUAGUACGAGUAUUUUGGCAACAAUUACUCCGCGUAAGUUCCAAGUUUCCACAAAAUGGAGACAUCAGAAAUUUCCAACUGGUAUCGGGACCAGCAUGUCUUUAUAACUGGAGCUACUGGUUUUAUGGGUAAAAUUUUGAUAGAAAAGUUAUUAAGGUCAUGUCCAGAUGUUGCUGCUAUAUAUGUAAUUAUAAGAAGUAAAAAGGGAAAGAAUGCAACACAAAGAUUGGAAGAGCUUUUAAAUUCAGUAAUUUUUGAUAGUAUAAGGCAGUUACCAGAUUCCAAAUCAAUAUUUGAAAAAGUCAAAUGCAUCACCGGCGAUGUAACUGAAGAAAACUGCGGAAUCUCUGCUAAAGAUCAAGAAUUAUUGGAAAAAUCGGUGACCAGUGUAUUUCAUAUGGCAGCUAAUGUAAAAUUUGACUUAACAGUCAAAACGGCGAUACUUUUGAACACCGGAGGUACAUUAAAUGUUCUGGAAUGGGCUUGCAAGUUACAAAAUUUAAAGAUUUUCGUACAUGUUUCAACUUCUUAUUGUCAUUGUGAUGUUACAGAAUUAGAAGAAAAGUUAUAUGAUGCUCCUCAAGAUCCUAGAAAAAUGCUUGAUAUGGUAAAAUGGAUGAGUGAUGACUUAUUGGAGACAUUGACUCCUAAACUUUUGAGUAAAUAUCCAAACAGCUAUGCCUAUACAAAAGGUCUAACUGAACAACUUGUUUCCGAAUAUAGUACCAAAUUGCCAAUUGUUAUCACCAGACCUUCCAUAGUAUUUGCUGCAUACAAAGAACCUAUUCCUGGAUGGAUUGACAAUUUGAAUGGUCCAACUGGUAUCCUUGUGGGAGCAGGCAAAGGAGUUAUAAGAACAAUGCAUUGUAAUGCCGAAUUAAAUACUGAUUUCGUACCAGUUGAUAUGACAAUUAAUAGUUUGUUAACAGUUGCUUGGAAAGUUGGUACCGGACCCCAGAAAUCUGAAGCCGAAGUGUAUAACAUUACAGCUAAUAGGGAUGAUUCGCUAAGUUGGGGAACAGCACUGGAGAUAUGUAAGAGACACGUAUUUAAUUAUCCAUAUAGUGUGAUGUUAUGGUAUCCAGGAGGAGGACCAAAGUCAAAUUAUAUUGUUCAUUGUAUUGCUGCAUUUUUCUUCCACCUUCUUCCAGCUUAUUUUGUGGAUAUGUUACUAACCUUAACUGGAAAUAAACCCUUCUUGGUUAACAUACAAAAAAAGAUUAGUCAUGGGUUGAGAAUACUACAAUACUACACAAUACGACCUUGGUAUUUCCACAAUGACAAAUUUGCCAAACUUUAUGAAUCUUUAAAUACAGUAGACAAAGAAAUAUUUUACGCAAAUAGAGAAAAACUAAAUCACGAUGAAUAUUUGGAGAACUACGUACUUGCUGUGAGAAAGUACUGUGUGAAAGAAGAUCCCUCGACUAUAGCUAGUGCUAGAAAAACGUUGAAUAGGUUAUACUGCUUAGAUUUACUAAAGGACAUUUUAUUCUAUGGAUUGCUAUUAUGGUUGUUUUAUGGAUUUGUAUCCAAGUUGUUUGCAGCUGUUGGAAAUCCUUUAGUUUGAUAGUUUAUUUUAUAUUUUGGAACUAUUGCAAUAUUUAUAUGUUUAAUAACUUUUGUACCAUUUGGAAAUAAAAUAUCUAUUUAUAAAAUAUGGUCU